AUGGCAGAGGAAGUAGCUAGGGAGCUAGGUGGUACCUGGGUACUAGAGAGAAGUGAAAAUGUUAUAGAGUACCUGACAGAGUUGGGAGUUGGAGCUUGUGAACGCAAGUCAUUCGCAGACGACACCGCAACACAAACAAUUGACGUUACCGAUGACGUCAUACAUCUUGAGAUGAAAUACGGCAAGAGGCACAUCAAGAUGGAUUUCAAAUUAGGAGAAGAAUUUAUAAUCAACGCUGGAAAACCUAGCAAGGCGAGAGCGUCUUGGACUAAUGGUGCCCUGGUUAUUACAGUCCGGCGUGUUGGCUGUGGAAGACAACAGCAGAUAGAAAGAAAACGAAACGGUGACAAACUAAUUCAGAUGGCAUUAGACUUCACAGCGGGUUCUCUAGUUACAUACAUGAAAAUAAAAAGUACCAGUUUGAACACUGAUGCCAAUUGUCACUCCGAGAAACUGUCUGAAGACAAGCCAUUGCCAAAUACAGGUCCAGCCACAUGUAUACCCGUGAAAUUUUUAUAA